CGGCCUGGCUCGCGUCAGCUCCUAAGAGGUUGUCAGCCAGAUGUGACACGAUUGUCGAGAGGAACGAGGGAGAAGAUCUGAUAUUAAUCAAUGCGUCGCUCCGAGCCAAACUUUCUCAGAUGCGGUGUGGAAACAUGUUCUUCUCAUUUCAGGCAUCUCUGUGGCUGCGGGCUGCCACCGGCCUGGGUUUGACAGCUAUCAGCUGUACUCUGAACUGUAGUUGCCAAAGUUUCAAACCUGGAAAAAUAAACCAUCGUCAGUGUGAGCAGUGCAGACAUGGAUGGGUGGCUCAUGCUCUAAGUAAGCUGAGGAUUCCCCCAGUAUAUCCAACAAGCCAGGUGGAAAUUGUCCAGUCCAAUGUGGUGUUUGAUAUCAGCAGCCUCAUGCUCUAUGGGACGCAGGCCAUCCCCGUUCGCCUGAAAAUCCUACUGGACCGGCUCUUCAGUGUGUUGAAGCAAGAUGAGGUUCUCCAGAUCUUGCAUGCCUUGGACUGGACCCUUCAGGAUUAUAUCCGUGGAUAUGUGCUGCAGGAUGCGUCAGGGAAGGUAUUGGAUCACUGGAGCAUCAUGACCAGCGAGGAAGAAGUGGCUACCUUGCAGCAGUUCCUUCGUUUUGGAGAGACCAAGUCCAUAGUUGAGCUCAUGGCAAUUCAAGAGAAAGAAGAACAGUCCAUCAUCAUACCUCCUUCCACAGCAAAUGUAGAUAUCAGAGCUUUCAUUGAGAGCUGCAGCCACAGGAGUUCUAGCCUCCCCACUCCUAUGGACAAAGGAAACCCCACUAGCAUACACCCUUUUGAGAACCUCAUAAGCAACAUGACUUUCAUGCUGCCUUUCCAGUUCUUCAACCCUCUGCCUCCUGCACUGAUAGGGUCAUUGCCUGAACAAUAUAUGUUGGAACAGGGUCAGGACCAAAGCCAGGAACCCAAACAGGAAAUCCAUGGGCCCUUCUCUGACAGCAGCUUCUUAACCUCUAGUUCCACACCAUUUCAGGUUGAAAAAGAGCAAUGUUUAAACUGUCCAGAUUCUGUUAUUCAAAAAGAAGAGAGUGCCCGUUCAAGUGACUCCAGCUCAUACAGCAUAAUCACUAAACUUGAAAGGACACAGUUAUCCCCUGAGGCCAAAGUGAAGCAUGAGAGGACCAACCUUAGCACAAAGAAGGGCCGAGUGUUCUGCACUGCAUGUGAGAAGACCUUCUAUGACAAAGGCACUCUGAAAAUCCACUACAACGCCGUCCACCUGAAGAUCAAGCAUAAGUGCACCAUCGAAGGGUGUAACAUGGUGUUUAGCUCCCUCAGGAGCCGGAACCGCCACAGUGCCAACCCCAACCCUCGACUUCACAUGCCAAUGAACAGAAAUAACCGGGACAAAGAUCUCAGGAACAGCCUUAGCCUGGCAAGCUCUGAGAACUACAAACGCCCAGGUUUCACAGUGAUGUCUCCAGACUGUGGGCCUCUACCCAGCUACAGUAGCCCAGGGGAGGAUUCCAAAGGCCAACCAUCCUUCUCCAGCAUUGGACAAAAUGGUGUGCUUUUCCCCAACCUAAAAACAGUCCAACCAGUCCUUCCUUUCUACCGUAGUCCAGCUACUCCUGCUGAACUGGCAAAUACACCUGGGAUGCUGCCUUCGCUCCCUCUACUGUCCUCUUCAAUCCCAGAACAACUGGUUUCCAAUGAAAUGCCAUUUGAUAUUCUUCCUAAGAAGAAAUCCCGGAAGUCCAGUAUGCCAAUCAAAAUAGAGAAGGAAGCUGUGGAAAUAGCUAAUGAGAAAAGGCACAACCUCAGUUCAGAUGAAGACAUGCCCCUGCAGGUGGUCAGUGAAGAUGAGCCAGAGGACUACAGUCCUCAGCCAGACAGAACACCUGAGGAGCAGCACACACACUCAGGAAGCUUAGAGAGGCCCUGCCAUCUUAACUCAGUGAUAGAGUCCUGUGGAACUGUCAGCCGAACCCCUGAACAGGCCACACACAAUUCAGAGAGGGAGACUGAGCAGAAGCUAGCGUUGACCAUGGUGCCAAGGGAAGUGGAGGAUGGUGGCCGUGAAAACCACUUCACACCUGAAAUGGAGUCCCAAGUUCCUUUUCCUGACUACAUGGAACUACAGCAGCGCCUACUUGCUGGGGGACUCUUCAGUGCUUUGUCAAACAGGGGGAUGACUUUUCCUUGUCUGGAAGAUUCUAAAGAAUUGGAACACAUGGAUCAGCAUGCAUUAGCAAGACAGAAGGAAGAAAAUCGCUUCCAGUGUGACAUCUGCAAAAAGACCUUUAAAAAUGCUUGUAGUGUGAAAAUGCACCAUAAAAAUAUGCAUGCCAAAGAAACACACACAUGCACAGUGGAGGGCUGUAGUGCCACUUUUCCAUCCCGCAGGAGCAGAGACAGACACAGUUCAAAUCUAAAUCUCCACCCAAAAGUGUUGAACCAAGAAGCACUGGAGAGCAGUGAAGACCAUUUUCGUGCAGCUUACCUUAUAAAAGAUGUGGCUAAGGAGUCCUAUCAGGAUGUGACUUUCACACAGCAAGCAUCCCAAACAUCUGUCAUCUUCAAGGGAACAAGUCGAAUGGGCAGUCUGAUUUACCCAAUAACCCAAGUCCACAGUGCCAGCCUGGAGAGCUACAACUCUGGCCCCCCUAGUGAGGGCACCAUCCUGGAUUUGAGCACUACCUCAAGCAUGAAGUCAGAGAGCAGCAGCCAUUCCUCCUGGGACUCUGAUGGGGUGAGUGAGGAAGGCACUGUGCUUAUGGAGGACAGUGAUGGGAACUGUGAAGGACCAGGCCUUGUCCCUGGGGAAGAUGAAUAUCCCAUCUGUGUCCUAAUGGAGAAGGCUGACCAGAGUCUUGCCAGCUUGCCUUCUGGGUUGCCCAUAACCUGUCACCUCUGCCAAAAGACCUACAGUAACAAAGGAACCUUUAGGGCCCACUAUAAAACUGUGCACCUCCGCCAGCUCCACAAAUGCAAAGUGCCAGGCUGCAACACGAUGUUUUCAUCUGUUCGCAGUAGAAACAGACACAGCCAGAAUCCCAACCUGCACAAGAGUCUGGCCUUGUCUCCAAAUCACCUCCAGUAACAAAGUGGUAGACCAAAAUCUCUGAUAAGCAUUUGUCAUAAUUCGGGAAUAAUGUAAUCCAAAGAAAUGUGUCUGACUAUUUAAUACUCUUUGGGUAAGCCAGACUAAAAGUAUUUGAUUUGCCUAUGUAGUUUUCCAUAGCAGGAUAAACAAAAGACAGCUCUUGUGGAAAGUCAACAAUUGGGGUAGCUCUUCCUAUUAUAAUUUUUCUUCGCCCAAGAGGUUUUUUGCUGAUAUAAGGAAACCUUGAAGAAACCCCGUAUUCCCCAGAUUUGUUUACACAUUUCCUGGGAGAGCUUUAGGUCUUACAGAUCAACAAUGAGGGCCCAGGACCUGGGGGUGGUUUCAAGUGAGGCCUACAGUAUUAAGGAUGUUGGGGAAGAAAUGUUCACCUGGAAAAGAUUGCCACAUGGACAAGACACCAGUCCCAAAGAUUCCAUUUUUCAGUUCCUUCUUUAAUGAGUCUGAAAUCCAGGCUUGAUUUUGGAAAAAUGACCUUCUGAAAUCAUGCCUCCAUUUGGAGUGGAUAAUGCUCCCUCCCUCCCCUGAAGAUCUCAUAUCUUACUCCUGGGACUUCUCAGCAGAAGCGGAUUGGCCUCUAAUGUGUUCCUUGUUGAUUCCUGAUGCAUUUAAGAAACUAGGGGGAAAAUAUUUCAUGCACUUAAAAGUAGUGGUCUUCAAUUUAAUUUAAAAUGGUUUUGAUAAUAUUUAACUUGUGUUUGUUAUGUAAUUAUUUGCUGUGAGUGCAGAUGUCAGUGUCACCUCUGGAUCUCUGCUCAGUAGCAGAACAAGUGACAACAUUUCAAAACCACUGCCCAUUUUCAUUUGGUAAACUUCAGAGUGUGUUCAUUUUGAUUCCCUGUGGAAUGGAUACAAGUAUGAUUCUGGCAGAACCAUUUGUAUAUAUUCCGCCAAAGUAUUUAGAGGAUAUGGUUCUGAUGGUUUUUGUAUAUUUUCAGUAUCAGUGGAUCCCUCAGUCUUCACCCUUUUGUAAAUGUAUAAGAUUAGGAUGAACUUUGAAAUUUAUUUGGUAGAAAGAAAAGUAGGACAUUAUUGCCAUACUCUGUCUUAAUAUUUAACUUAUUCUGAAAUAUAUUCUACACUAUUAUACAUUUUUUGCUGUUGUAGAAAGGAAACUUAGCCCUGUGGAAUGAGACCAUCUCCUAAAAUCCAGCAUUUAUAGGUUUCAAAAGCCUGCAUAGGUUAAAAAAUAGAUUUUGUAUUCAGAAUCCAAGUAUUGUCUUUGAAACUCAUGUUGAUUUAAGUAAUAAAAACAUCUUUAAAGAAAACUGAGGGUUACAAGAGAUAUUAUUCCUUUAGCCUAAUGGUGGAAAGCCUGUUACGAAUUAUCUCAACUUUUUAAAAAAAUUUUAGUAAAUGUGACCACUUAACACUUGUCUCAGAUUAAAGCAAGAUGUAUCUUUCAACUGUUUUGUUACCCAGAUGUUUAAUAUUCCAGUUUCCCCAAAGAGGACAUUUUUGUAUACAAAUGUUUUCUAUGAUUUAAUAAAAAUAUAUGGCACAUCUUUUGUUUUAAAAGGCAAA